GUGGGGGAGGAGGAGCAGCAGGAGCCGCCGCAGCCGCCGCGGAGCCGCUCACCUGCCUCCGCUCCGGUCCCGCCAUGGCCCGCCGGGUCGCCGCCAUCCUCCUGCUUCUCUCCCUCGGCUGCCUCCUGGGCAUCCUCCUGCUCUGCCUCGGCUCCGGGGACAUGCGGGGCCCGCCGCAGUUCAAGUACGGCAUCGUGCUGGACGCCGGGUCCUCUCACACGGCCAUGUUCGUCUACAAGUGGCCUGCAGACAAGGAGAACAACACCGGGGUGGUCAGCGAGCACAGCAUGUGUGAUGUGGAGGGUCCUGGCAUCUCCAGCUACAGCUCCAACCCUCCAGCUGCUGGGACGAGCUUGGUGCACUGCCUGAACCAGGCUCUGAGAGACGUGCCCAAGGAGAAGCAUGCGGGCACCCCACUCUACCUGGGCGCCACAGCCGGCAUGCGCCUGCUCAACAUUACAAACCCGCAGGCUUCGGACACCGUCCUCAGCGCCGUGGCAGCCACGCUGAAGUCGUACCCCUUCAGUUUCCGGGGGGCAAAGAUCCUGUCGGGGGAAGAGGAAGGGGUCUUUGGCUGGGUCACCGCAAACUACCUCCUGGAGAACUUCAUCAAGCGUGGGUGGCUUGGGGAAUGGAUCCAGCCCCAGAAGAAGACCCUGGGGGCCAUGGACUUUGGGGGUGCUUCUACACAGAUCACCUUUGAAACCAGGGACACCAUCGAAGACCCCAGAAACGAGGUGAUGCUGAAGCUGUAUGGCCAGGCAUACAAAGUGUACACGCACAGCUUCCUCUGCUACGGAAGGGACCAGGUUCUCAAGAGGCUGCUCUCAAAGCUCCUCCAGGCAGAGAGGUACCAAGCAACUGUCUCCCAUCCCUGCUGGCCCACAGGCUACCACAAGAGCCUGUUGCUGAGCAGCGUCUACGACAGCCCCUGCACAGAAAAGGAGAGGCCGAGCUUUGCCCUCAACACCACUGUCACCGUGGUCGGCACCGGGAAUGGGAGCCUCUGCACUCUGCAUGUCAGCAAGCUCUUCAACUUCGCCACCUGCUCCUUCUCCCGCUGCUCCUUUGAUGGCAUUUUCCAGCCGGAGGUUUCAGGAAACUUCAUCGCCUUCUCUGCCUUCUUCUACACGGUGGACUUCAUCCAGACAGUGAUGGGGAGACCCGUGCGCUUGCCCAGUGACCUGAAGGAUGCUGCUGAGACUAUCUGUGCCACCAGCUGGAGUGAGUUGCUCCAGAAAGCCCCCAAGCUGGAGAAGAGGCUGCCGGAUUACUGCGCUGUCAGCACAUUUGUUUAUUUGCUCAUGACCAAAGGCUACAAUUUCAACAACCAUUCCUUCCCCAACAUUGCCUUCCAGAAGAAGGCAGGAGAAACCUCCAUCGGCUGGGCGCUGGGCUACAUGCUGAACCUCACCAACAUGAUCCCAGCAGAGACGCCCUCUUCCCACAAAAGCAUGCUGUACAACUACUGGGUCAUCCUCAUCCUGCUCUUUGUGGUCACCACCCUGACAUCCCUGGCAACUGCUGUCUGCCUGCUCCGGCGCAGCAAGUCCAGUGCAAUCUAACAGCAGGGACAGUGUGGGCCUUGUCUGCAGGACCCAGCACCAUCCUGCUGGAGUCUCCACAGCCUGAACAUUUGGGAUGCAGCAAGUGCUUGGAGACAUCUUCCUUCAAUACCUGACACUGCCUGUCCCAGAAGGAAAGCUGUCCCUUUUUGCCCUCCCCUGGCUUUCAAGCCGCAGAAAGGGAGGGACAGAAGAGGACCGCUGACCCUGCAGGAGAAUGGCUUGAGGGUUUUCCAAUGCUACUCAGGGAUGGACCCUGGAGCAGGCUCGGAAUAUGGAUGUUCAGACCUGGGGCAUCUUUCUACCACCAGACCUGGG